CAGCACAUAGGGAAGGAUCACUGAGACCACAGCCAUGAACAUCUCAGAGGAGGAAGCUGCGGAGGACUGGCAUUUCAGAGGCUCUUAUGAGGAAAACAUUGCAUUUGCUGCUUUCUACAUCCUGGUCUUUGUGUUUGCUGUUCCUGGAAAUGCACUGGCGCUGUGGUCCUUCUACAAUCAGAAGAGCAGCUCUCCAUCCAAAGUGUUCCUAUGUCAUCUGGCAAUAGCAGACAUCUCCUACAUCAUCCUCCUGCCCAUGCGUUCAGUGUAUCAUAUCAAUCAAAAUCAGUGGCCUUUGGGUUAUAUGCUGUGUCGAAUGGCUGGGCCCCUGUUUUUCCUCAAUAUGUACUGCAGCCUCUACCUGAUGAGCCUGAUCAGUCUGGAUAGAUUACUGUCUGUGGUCCUGCCAAUCAAAUCACGAGUUAUAAGAAAAGCCAAGUAUGCAAAGAUCACUGUUGGGAUACUGUGGGUCCUAGUGACUACAUCUAUGUUUCCAAUGGUUUUCUCACAACAGAAUAUCUCUCACAACAAAACUCACAGUUGCAGAAAACUUUAUUUAGAAAAAAAGUCAGCCACUGCCCUAAUUUCAACUGUUGUGGCAUUUGCUAUUCCUCUAACUUGUAUAGUGUUCUCUUACAUAUUAAUACUACUGAGAGUAAGAAGCCUCAAACAACGGGGGAACAGUAGGCCUGUAAAAUCCAAAGUUAGAAAAAUGGUCAUUCUUAUUAUGAUGAACUUUCUCAUUGCAUUUAUGCCCUACCAUGUGAGUCGUGUUGUCUACAUUCUAAGCCGCACUCAUGGACAUGUGAGCAGUGUCACACAGCAGACACUGGGCAGAGUCAACUGGCUCACCUCUGCACUCACCUGUGUGAGCGGGCUGCUGGAUCCAGUCAUGUACUUCUUCCUCAAUACUGCGUUCAGAAGCAAAGUGCACCAGAUUUUCUCAAGAAACGGUGCAUAAAAAUAGCACACUUUAUUGCAUUGCAGCAUAAACAAAACAUUGCUGUAAUUUGAUGUUUUUUGUACAGAAAUUGAUUGCUAUAUUUGUACAACACUAUAAGUAUUGUGAAAUAAUUAGGAUUACAUUGUCAAAGGAUACUGUGUUACCUCAGUUAGUUGCAGUUUCUCUGUAUUAAAGGGUCCUAUAGGCUAUUGCGCAAAUGGAUUCUUGUAAGAUUUAAGCCAUGUUAUAAUGUUAUUAUUUAAUUUUAAAAAUUUACCAGUUGUGUUUUGUUUCAUUCACAUGUUUGACUAAGCUUGCAGAUGUAGUUUGUCUAUAUCUCCAAAGCUCAAAAUGCUCUGCUCUGCUUUAUGAUGUAGUAGUUUCCAAGUUAACAGUUUCAAUUUUCACCUUUUGUUUAGUAUGGAUUGUCAAUUCUAGGGCUCAUCCAAAUGAUUCUAGUGAAGGUGUAUGUAAUUUAAAAACAUAGUGGAGCUCUUCCUGUAUUACCACAUGACAUCAUAAGAGGAACAGUGUUUUCUGUUUGAGAGAGGAACACAGCCUAAAUAUAGCAGGAUUUGUGUGUUAAAAGUGUGAAUGAAACAAAACACAACUGAGGAAAUAGUGUAAUAUAGGCUCCAUAUGUACACCAUGUAACGUUUCUGAUGGAGGAUCCAAAACCUUCUUUUCUCCAUGGAGAUGUUAUUCAAUUCAGUCUUUUUUAAGAACACACUGGUUCAUAGUAAGUAAGUAUAUAAAAACAAUAACAAUAAUUAAUAAAAAGUUGAAUAUACAGUGCAUGUUAUAAGGUAUACAGACAAGACCGCCAGUGUCUCCACAGCUUAGAGGUGAAUCUGACAGAGCUCUUCACUCAAGACACAGUAGAGCUUGAAUAAUUUGAUUCAGAUUCAUGGCUUUACACAUAAAUUAAUUAAUACAACAUCUAAUCGUGACAACACAGAUUUCACAUCACAGUUUACAAACAUUUCACUGUCACUACAAAACCUCUGCAAUUUUAGUAAUAUUCCCAAAGAGUCAUUAUAUGCCACUGUCAUUGUUUAUAUUUUGCCUGAAAUGUUCAUAAUGCGUAGAAUUAGAACCAAUUUUUGGAGAGACAAGCAAGUGACUACAUCACUUUUUUGGUUAUAUUAAAAAAAAAAAAGAAAAAACUGUAAUUGAAUAAACAAAAGACAGGAGUUUAAAGCCAUACUAAAGAGCAUUCCAGGCAAAGCUCUAACAUAUGAGCUCAGCAGGUGACAGGCCUUUAUAUAAUGCAUUUCAUUUUUCUAUUGAAAUAACAGAAAUGAAUUAGUUAUAUGCUUGCUUUGCU